GACUUUCCACCUCUGCAUGUACGUGUGACACAUACAACUCAUGUGUGCUCCACUGUACACUGAACAAGCAAAAGACACAAUAGAGUAUUUUUUCACAUCUUUGUGUAGUUUGGUGUGUAUGUUGCUAAUCAUUUUAUGUUUGUGUGUAGAGUGACGCAAAAGUAGCAUUUUUAGAAAGUUUAUAUAGUUUUGCACGAAGUGUUUGCUUCUGCAAGAUAUGUGUGAUGUUUGCAUCUUGUGUGUGUGUUUUGUGUUUUUGUGUGUCGAGUUUUGAGAAAUGGAGCCAUAGUUUAAAAAAAAAAUCUGUAUAAGCAUUUUUUUAAAAACAGACAUUUUAUGUUACUUCCUUUUUUUCUGAACAAACUCAAGCAGCACUCAAGUCUCAGCGGACACAACUUCUGUCAGGCUCAAGAAAUGGAUUCAAUCUAUGAAAAUACUGAUUUCGUACUUUCAACAGUUUCUUCAGAUGAAAAAUGCUCUCAAUUCAAAGGUAAUUUCACUGAAGAACUGGAAAGUGAGAGGAAAGUCAGUCCCUCUAAGUGGACUAAAGCUCUUCUGAUUCUUCUGGGUUUGACGCUCGUUUUUGCUCUCGGGGGUCUCUGCAUCAUCUGGAUCCUUUAUAAUAAUAAGCUUGCCGAUUUUGAAUCGCUGAAUGAACAACUUGCAGCUCAAGUGAUCAACAGUACAGUUAUGAUGAGAGAACAAGAGGAACUUAGAACCAACUACACCAGAGUUAAAGAACAGCUUCUACUUCAUGUUGAGCCAAAGAGGAUGCAGCAUUAUGCAGUGAAUGUGACUCUGGAUCCUGAUACAGCUCAUCCUGAACUCAUCCUGUCUGAUGAUGGAAAACAAGUGAGAGAUGGAGACAUUAGACAGGAAGUCCCAGACAAUCCAGAGAGAUUUAAUAACAGUGUAAGUGUCCUGGGAAAGGAGGGAUUCUCCUCAGGGAGAUUUUAUUUUGAGGUGCAGGUGAAGGGAAAGACUGCCUGGACUUUAGGAGUGGCCAGAGAAUCCAUUAACAGGAAGGGAGAUAUCAUACUGACUCCCACUAAUGGAUUCUGGACUGUGUGGCUGAGGAAUGAGAAUGAAUAUAAAGCUCUCGCUGGUCCUCCUGUCUCUCUGCCUCUGAGAGUGAAGCCGCAGCGGGUCGGUGUGUUUGUGGAUUAUGAGGAGGGUCUGGUCUCCUUUUAUGAUGUGGAGUCCAGCUCUCAUAUCUACUCUUUCACUGGUCAGUCUUUCACUGGGAAACUCUAUCCAUAUUUUAACCCAUCCUUAAACUAUGGAGGUAAAAACUCAAGCCCACUGAUCAUCACACCUGUCAAAUACAAUAAAUGAAUUUAUAAUAUGAAAUACACAAUGAUAUAUAUUUUGAAAUCAUGAUUCAUAUACGAUUCAUAAAAAUCUAAAAACAUGUUUUGCUAUAUUUUUCAUUUCAAGCUAUAACUAAAAAUAUGAUUGUUUACAGUUUUUUUUUUUUCAACUGCUAACAUA